AUGCAUGCGGCUGGUGUGAGUGGUGUUGGAGGAGCCGCUCAUCGACGACGGAAGAAACGAUCAAACUAUGGCAACCGAACGGUCGAAGUUAACCGUGGAACGAACGGAUUCGGUUUCACUAUCUCCGGACAGCAACCUUGCAUCUUGUCCUGCAUCGUGGCAGGAUCUCCGGCCGAUCAGGCCGGAUUGCGUGCUGGCGACUUCCUCAUCUCCGUGAAUGGGCUUAACGUAUCGAAAUUGCCGCACGAAUCGGUAGUACAGCUAAUCGGUACGACACACGGUACGAUUCGUAUGGCCAUCGCUGAGAACUACUAUUCAGACAGUUCGGACGAGGACAUAAUGUUUCACGGUGCGCAACAGCAACGCACCCGUCCCAAAUAUCCACAUAAGACGAAAUUUUCGCGCGUAUCAGCCCAAGGAACUAUGGUUAAUGGUGCCGGAAUGGGCGGGUGCAGUUCCAACGGUGCUGCAGAACGUGUCCUAGUGGCACCCGGUGCAAGCAGCCCCAUAAAACCGCUAAUCCUGAAUGGGGAAAAUGGUCAGGAAGAGUUGACGGUAAACGAUUCGCCUCCGCCACCCGGCUCGUCAACGGCGUACAACGUCAUCCACAGUCCGAAUGCCAGCAACAGCUGUGAUAUUUCUAACGUAAGUGCAAUGGUGCGCUCGGUACAGCUUGGUACCGGUAAUGACGAUACGUCACUAGUACGUCCGUCCGGAUCUGGACCGGGUCCGGGUCAGGAAGGUUUGCUGGAGUAUCAAGCGAUCGUUGGCUACCUUGGCACGAUCGAGAUGCCGAAACAGAUCGCCACCAGUUCCAAGCUACAAACGGUUCGAAGCUGUAUCCGGAAAAUGCGACAGGAAAAGCGCAAUCCAACGACGGUGCUGAUGACGAUACUGCCCUCAUGUCUGAAUUUGACUAACACCAGCAACAACUUGAUCGCAAAGUACGCAUCGGCACGCCUCAGUUACGUUAGUAGCAGUAGCGAAAGUGACAACAAGUACUUUGGGCUAGUAACGUCGGCUAUCUACGCGGACGGGCUGAUGUGUGACAGUGCCGACGUGCUAAGCCAUCCGCGCAAAGACGUGGUAAUUUCGAACAGUUGCCAUGUGUUUGUGAUCGAUGGAAAAUUGGUGGAUCAUGAAAUACACCUCGAGAAGGCGGCCCUCUUCCGAGUCAUCUGCACGAAAGAUCCCAUAACGAACCUGUGUCUCGAGUUUCCCUCCAACUCAGAGUAUGUGGUCAACUUGAUACGCAGCAUGUACAGCCUGAAAUCACCCAUGAAGACGGAUGGAAAUGCGGGAGGAUACGGGAAGCCACCCGUAGCAAGAAGCUUAAACCUGGACCAGGCAGCGGGAGGAGCACGUGGCUUUCCUCGUAAUCGGUCCGAUCCUCGACUAAACCCACGAGCAGGGAUGGACAUGGACGCACACGAUAUGCUUGCAGCAAACUCUCCACAACCAAGCAAUCACAGUGAAAUUACAACGACAUCGAGCAAUUCCGAUUCUGGGAUCGGAUUUCAUAACGAUUGCCGCAAUAUUUCCGACCGGAUAUUGCUAGUGGAUUUCCCGGGAAUGUUGGGACCACAGCAACAACGAUUGCUUCAGCAACAGCAGAUAGCGAACGUGAGAGCACACUACAGAAAGUCACAUCCGUUCUUACGUCCGGCUGGAAUAAUAAACGAAAUCCCACCCAAAAUGGAUCCAAUCAGAAACAUCCGCAGUAUGGGAGGUUCGGGAUGCUCUCCGGAUGGUGCUAUAGCAGGUCCUUCUCGAUCGGGGCUACAAAUCGCGCACGGUAAAUCAAAAUCAGCUGACUAUAGCUUUCCCUAUGCGGUAGCGGGCUCACCUUUUGCGGAUCGGUUAACGGUUCGUGCUAGACCUGAUCCAAAACCGUUCGGUUCGGAUCGCUCACCCUCGAAGGACAAUGCUUUAAAUUGUUUGCAGGAUGGCGGACCACAGGAACUGACGUCCAUGGUACAGGACACGGAUGUCGAUUUGGUGGUCGAUGACCGAUGGACGUGUGGGCAAACAUUAGACGAGCAGGGCAAUGUAGUAGAAGAACGGGCUGUUGAUGUGCCACCGAUGGAGGAAUUGUUUCUCGAUAUGGAACGCUACAAUAAUGAUAAUGUGAAGAAUAGUCUUCUUGCCGCACGUUCAUGUGACGAUAUGAUUCUAUCACUUGGCAAGAAACCGACCCGAUCGUUAGCGGAUGGCGAUGAAGAUGUGAACGAACAGAUGCUGCUAGACGCAGAAGCGUACGAACGCUUAAAAGUAAAGCUGUCGAUCGAUGAUUUGACGUUGAUUUCAUCCGAAUCUUCGGGACCGAUGGGAGGGGUACCCGACGAACGGUCCACUGUCCCUGCGGGCGUCAAUCAGCACGUGUUCCUACAGCCAUUAAAACCGGUGAAACGUUCUAAGAAAGCUUGUACAACACACACUACGAAAUCUUCAUCCGGAAAACUAGCCGCAAUCCACGGUACACCGAUGGGUACGGAAGAAAGCACCAAUGGUCGCCGGGGUGGUGAUAAGAUGACAGCCUACAAACUUAGCCCGAAAGUAUUUGGUUUGCCGCGCCCUAUAUCGGUAAGCUUCGAAAACAUUUCCACACUUUCCGGUACCGGAUGUACAGGCGGUGAUGGAGCACGCGAUAGCACCGGAGGCGGCGAUAAGCUUACCGUAGAUGAUAUGUAUUUCGAUGCUGAUGACAGCGUACGGUGCGGUUCGAACAAACACACGCACCAGCUAGGCAAUGGAACACCCGGUUCCGGACGAAAGAGCCGGGCAACGAAACGAUUGAGCGGAGGUUUUUCAGCCAUUUGGGGUAGUUUGCAGGAGCUAAGAAGUGCAAGCUUCGGAAGCCAUGGUGUGAAGGGUGGUGGUGAAGAUCGUACAAAGACAGAAUAUGGCAAAAGUUCCACCGGGGAAGUGUGUGCUGGUAGUGCUCUAGUGGUCAAACAGAAGGACCGUGAAAGGAGGCUCAGCGGUAUGAAGAUUCUAGAGGCGACCUACAGUGAACCCGAUCUGCGAUACGAUGAGGUGAGUGCUCCAAAUCUGCUGGAGGGUGUCCACGACGAUACUGUCACGGAAGAGAGCAAUAGACAUGGCAAGCAGAUCAAUCACAAUGCAUCGCCGUUCCGCCGCUGGGGCCAAUCCUCGUUGCGAUCGCGCUCGACAGAACAUCGUACUCCGACUAAUGGAUCGGCUCGACGACCCUCAUCGUUGGCCGCGUCAGAAAGCGACGUGUACACUAAAUCCAUUGACGAUGACUACAGUUCGACCAAAAGUGGCUACAACCCGUACACCGGUGGCGUUGAUACAUUAUCGACCGAGUCCACCUCUGUCACGACAGGUGGCGGUACAUUGGGAACUGCUGGAAGUGGCAGUACGGCAGCUGCCGGCCCGACUGGUGUCGCUUCAUGGGGAACCUCGUUCGAGAAACUGCUGGAAGAUGCUGGAGGACUGCAUACAUUCUCGGAAUUUCUCAAGAAGGAGUUCUCCGCGGAAAACAUCUACUUCUGGACGGCGUGCGAGCGUUAUCGACAGUUAACCGAGCGUGAAGAGCGCGCACGUGAGGCACAGGCAAUAUUUGCGCGGCAUCUUGAAUCUGGCUGCAGUGAACCGGUGAAUGUGGAUUCGAUCGCACGAAACAUUGCGUUGGAAAAUCUUCCCCAGGCAGAGACGACACUGUUUGCGGCCGCACAGAAACAGAUUUUCAAUCUGAUGAAGUUUGAUAGCUAUCAACGGUUCAUCAAAUCGGAUAUGUACCGUGUGUGCCAGGAGGCGGAAGCGAAGGGACAAAUUUUACCGUAUCCAGGUGAACAGUUGGAUCCGAUGUUGCGUACGAGCUCCACGAUGGUGUCCACCAGCGCGGCGAAUGCUGCCAGUGUGACUAAGUUAAAAAAGUCGCUCAGCAAUGCUGAAGAUCGUAGGAGAAAAUCGUUGUUACCGUGGCAUCGGAAGACACGCUGUAAAUCGAAGGAUCGCGGUGAUUCGGAUGCAUCCAAGAAGGAUAAUGGGAAGGGCGGUUCGUCCGGAGCAGGAAAUGGAGAGAAAGGCUCUGGCAUGGCAACAGCGGGCGGGGGUAGUAGUAGCAACACGUUGAAGCUACUCUCAACUAAUUCCACUAGUGAUAUACACAGCUCACGGAGCUCAUUAGCAAGUUUUGAUGCGGCGAUCGGUGGUAAAUCUUACGAUCCGGAUGACUCGCGCAACACGCUUUGUCGUGUGAUCCUUUCCAACGGUGCAACGACCGUCGUGCAGACGCGAUCGAACGAAACGAUCAAGGAGCUGGUAGAACGGUUACUCGAAAAGCGUGGCAUCGUAUACAAUGCUUACGAGGCGUUUUUGGCCGGCAGUACAAAACCACUUGAUCUGGACGGUCCGUCGGUGAGUUUGUCCGGCAAGGAGGUGAACAUCGAUCAGCGCGUUGUAUUCAAGCUAAACCUUCCAAACCGCAAAAUGAUAUCGGUCAAGAGUAAGGCAACGAAACCGCUGGCGGACGUAUUGCGACCCAUCCUAUACAAGUACAAUUACGAGCUAGACCAGAUGAAGGUGGAAGUGCACUCAGCGGUUGAUGUUUCACUCGAUAUGACGCAACCGGUUACCACGGUGGAUGGUUUGUAUUUGUAUAUACGCAGCGCGAAUGAAUCUUCCGGUGGACCGGUUCAUUCCGAGCUUGGUCGUCCAUUGGCCGGUGCACGCCCCGUUAUAAAUACGGCCACCCAUCAACAGAUUGUGCAUCACUUUCAGCAGCAACAGCAGCAACUUCUGAACAGUCAGCCAACGGGCGCCAAUCAGCCGCAACAACCGCACACCUUUGUCAUCCCGUCCUCUAAUCCACCUUCCUAUGCGGUGGCAACGACCACUAAAAGUCAGCAAUUAUUCGGAAGCGGCGCAGCAGCCGCCGCCACGUGCAAUAACAAAAUGAACCAAAAUCAAACGCGUGCCAAGGAACAGACGGAACCGGUAAAGGAUGAUCAGCAAGGAACGGCUGGUGGCCGAGUUCAGCAGGAGCUUAACACACUGGAUGAGAUUACGAACAAAGUGUUUAACGAGCUGAUGAACGGUAAAACGGCCAGUAAUGGGACAGUUGGAAAGGGACCACCGGAUGUGGAUUGUGUGUCCGACACGUCCUCAACGAGACGCGAUCGAUUUCGUCGCCGUGGGUCCAAUGCAGCACCCUCCGAGAGUGGUCGAGGAGCAAAAAGUAAAAAGUGUUCCACGGGUGGAUCUGAGGACGGAGGAGAAAGUGUGAACAAUCUGGGCAUCAAAAAGCCAAUCAUCGCAAAACUGAAGGCGGGUGUAAAGCUGCAGAUCCCAACGCGGUCACAGAACGAUGAGCUACUGGAAGGAUUAAAGCGAGCCCAGAGGAGUCGUCUGGAGGAUCAACGGGGUACGGAAAUAAAUUUUGAGUUGCCGGAUUUUCUGAAGGAUAAGGAAAACUUUUCCACCGCUGCGGCGGCUCCACUGGUAAACUCUAGCACCGGGUCCAUCAAUACGGCAUUGUCAGCAUCAACGACGGCAGGUCCGUCUAAGCUGAUGCGCAGCAAACCUGCCCGUCGCUCAGAGGCCGCCACACCGACCAGUGAGUUUGUCGGAGGAUCGCUACAGCAGAUCAAUAAACCCCAACCGGCCCCACGGUUAUCGAUUACCGGUCAAGGCGGUCGACAAAAUCUGUCCGGUCCAGGCUCACCAGUCCAUACGGCCGUUAGCGAUAGUCAUCUGAAUCUGUCCACUCAGUGUAACGCGUCGCCACUACCACAAGAUGAUCCCUUUCACGUUCACAGUGGUGGUGUUGGAACCGGCGGAGGCGGUGGAUCGCAGUCCGAAACAAGCUAUGCCGACACUACCCUAGUCUUCACCCAUGCCAGACCCUACAACGGGCAACCGUCAGUGGCGGCAACACCACGCACCAUCUCAUCCAAUUCUGUAUCGCACCACCUCAGUACCGGUGACCAUUCCAGCGAUUCUAGCACUGCGGCUGAAGGUGAUCUGACCACCAUCGGUUGUUGCGAACAUCAUCCGCAUGAGACAUCACCAGACAGCUCGCCACCGAGUCAAGGCAAUCAUUUACAUCCGCUUCAUUACCAUUCUACAGGAGCGUCCACCACGAAUGGUAAUGGUGCGGCCACUUGCAACACAGCUGCUGGCAAUCCCUACCCAUUGGUACAGUAUCCGUCCCACCACCAUCAUCAUCAUCUUCAUCCGCAUCAUCAUCCACACGGGCAGCAUUAUCAUCAUUUUCAUCAUCAUGCCGGAACGCGCUACCAGACAGCGACACCAGUAUCGAAUGGGCUGGAUGGGCAAACGAGCGGCGGUACGGCUGAUAAUCAAAAGGGUCCCCCACCAUUACCUCCGAAGCCGAAGAUUCUCCCGAUGAAACCAUCCAACUGGGGACAUCCUGUUGCAGCCUCGUAUGCACCGGGACCACCCGGGAAUACGGGUAAUGAUGGGCACGGUGGUCUCUCACUAAGCACCAAUGGAAAUACGGGAAAUAGUUUUAGUGGUAAUAGUACUGCAACUGUCAGUGGUGGUCCUAAUCCUUCCGGUACAAUAAGCAAUAAUCAUCCCACCAGCAAUAAUAAUGGUGGCAUUGGAACGACUGUAGGGAGCAAUGGUACUGUAAGCUCGUCAGCGCACAACGACGCACCGGGCGGAAGUCGACGUGUCAGUGGUAGUGCCACGGAGAGUGGCAGUAUGGUGAUUUCGUCCUCAUCUUCCACGCCAGCGAUCAGUGUCGCCGUUGCGCAAGCUCGCAAUGUAUAUUUCGAUCAAGGGAAUAGUAGUUUUGUGUAG